AUGAAGCUGCGUAACUAUCUGGUCCAAGAAUUCCGCGACAUCCUUGUGAUCCGUUCCGACAUAACCCAAGCUCUACGCGAAAAGCGAGUACACGUCAACAAUGCAAUCACCCUGGACUCACACGCCUUACAGUCAGGGGACAUAAUCGAAGUUGCAGUUGACCCACAACAGGCAGUGAGAAGCCGGCUGCGCGGAUUGGAUAUCGAGGUCAUGUAUAGGGAGCCCGGGAUGUUGGUUAUGCUGAAGGCGCCUGGGGUGAGUCAGCCGGAUGUGGAAUGGGCGGCACCGGCUAUUUUGCAACUGGAAGAUGAGGUUGGAAGAGCGGAGGGAGAGGCGGAGUGGAUUGCAGUUAAUAAGGUUGAAAAGGGCGUGCGCAGCUUGGUUGUUGUGGUCAAGGGCGAAGAGCGCAGAGUAAAAAUGAUGGAGCAGCUCCGGUGCGGAAACGUUGAGUUUGAGAUUACAGCGAUAUGCCAUGGCGAAAUCGACCAGGAAACGGUGAGCGCAGUCACCACGCACACAAUGAAGGCCGCUGCCGCUGCUUCUGCUACUGCUGCUGUGGAGCAAGCGGGUGGGGAGGAGAGCACAUGCGAAACUUCAGGCGAGCCAGGCCCUUGCAUGGACCAGUUUGACCUUUGGCUGCAGUACAACCACUUUCCAUCGGACGUCUUCGACCACACCUGCGUCCACGUCGAGUCAAUUGUGGCGAGUUCCUCCGUCGGCCACCUCUCAGUGAUCCGCAGCACAGUGCAGCGCGCGCGCAACCCCAGCCUGGUAAUCCGGCGGCUCCUCUACGAGCUGCACCAUCCGGUAGUCGGCACGCAGAACCACGCGCGCCCACUGCCCAACCACCGCGACAAGGGCGCCCUCCUGGCCUUCACAGCACUCCGCAUGCCGUCGCUCCACAAGGACCAUCCUCCAAUCAGCGUAAGUGCCGCUGUGCCGCCCAAAUUCCUCUCGGUGUGCGCUCGUGAAACAAAGUUCCACGCGCAGCGGCAGCAACGCGAUAACGCCGAGAUUGACCGACAUGCGGAUCAGCCCCAGGGCGAAAUCGGCGCUGUGGAGCUUGUUGACGGCGUGCCUGCAGCGUACGUUUCUGGCAUGCGCGAGUUCUGCGGCCGUGCAUUCAUGGUCACCCGCGACACGCUGAUCCCGCGGCCGAGCACCGAGACGCUGGUCGCUGCUGCACUGGCACAGAUCGGGCAGAUCAAGCAGAUCGAGCGGAUCACGGGGGCCGAGCACCCGCCACGCAUCAUGGAUCUGGGGACCGGCUCCGGCUGCAUUCUACUUUCGGUGCUCCUCGGCGCGCCCACCGCUUGCGGCCUCGGCGUCGACAUCAGCACGGAGGCUCUGGCCGUUGCCAUGCGCAACACGCAGUUGCAUAUGCUGCAGGACCGCGCGGCUCUGGAGCCCGGCACUUUCCUUGGGUUCAGCGUGGAUGCAGCGGUUCUGCAGCAUGCGCCGUUUGAUUUGAUCGCGUGUAAUCCGCCGUAUGUGUCUGCCAAGAAAAUCGCGCGCAUGCAUAAGGCGAUUAAGAUGGAGCCGCGCGUGGCGCUGGUGGCCGAGGACGGCGGAUACCAGGCGUACCGCGAGAUCCGCGCUGCGCUGGACGAGAACCCCGAAGUGCUAAGCUCCAAGGGGUGCGUUGCGCUGGAGGUCGGGAAGGAUAUGGAGAAGGGCGUGCGCCGCAUUUUCCUUGGCUGGGACGAGAUUGACGCGCGCAGGGACUCCCAGGGCUUCCUCCGCGUCCUGGUCUUCCAGCGGCCCGAGUAG